AUGGGCAUCAAAACUGUCCCUCACCCUCUCUACAACCCAGACCUUGCUCCCUGUGACUUUUUAUUGCUCCUCAAGCUGAAGGAGAACUUCAGGAGCAGUCGUUUUGAAGACAUCAAGAUGAAGGAGGAUUUCCAUAGCGCCAUUACGAAGAGAAGCAGUAGGGAAGGAGAGGAAACAUCCUACAAAUAUUCUUACUCAAAUGCCCAAGGUUCAGUGGCGGUUGCCUACCACAAAGUCUGUGUCCAGCUGUGGGAUACAGCUGGUAUGGAAAGGUUCCAUUCCUUGACAACAUCCUACUUCAGAGAUGCAAAAGGAUUUUUCUUGAUGAUUGAUCUGACCAAUGAAAAUACUUUCGUAAACGCUUUCGCUUGGUUACAAAAAAUGGAAGAAUACGGUCCCAGAUCUGGCUACGAUGUAAUCAUUGUUGGCAAUAAAAUAGAUCUUGUAGACUGUCGCAAAAUCAGUGCAGAGACUUUACAUAAAUUUGCUGAAAAUCAUAGACUACCAUAUGUUGAAACCAGUGCCAAAACUGGGAUCAACAUCGAAGAAUCUAUCGAUAUGAUGUUACACUUAGCAAUAUUCCGUCAUAGAUUAUCAUUCCAAAAGAAAGUAAUCAAUGAAGAGCCGGUUCCUACAAAACUGUGUAAUAGCACUACUACUCGACGAAUUAAAUGCAGCUGUAUUUAGAUCAAGUGCUGUAGUUAAGUGAAGCUGGUAACAGAACUUGUCAGCAUAUGUCUUGAGUUUCUCGACAUAUUCCAGCAAUGGUUACAGUGUUCUCGGUUCUCCCAGGCUACGACAACAGUACCGCUUCACAAUCACCAACUAUUUCAUCAUUCUGGUCAUCAUCGUUGCUAUACCUUAUCCUGAGGAGAACUGUGAUUAGAUACAGCUCCUCAGAAUUCAACCUACCUCCGAAGGAACUGGACAUCAAGGGUACAGAACGGGUAACACACAUCAAUAAAAUAUACGCAAUUAUUA